AUGGCGUCAAAACCGCCGACCUGGACGCGUCUCUACUCGUCGCCCGCGUCUGCCCAGAAGGAAAAACAGAAGGACUCUGGCGCGACAAAGAAGCCGGUUCCCGAGCCGCGCCCGAGCUCUUCCAUUGUGCUGCUGUCUCCCAGCAACGAGGUCCUGCUGCUUCAUCGAGUCAAGACGUCCACAUCAUUUGCAUUGGCGCACGUCUUUCCCGGGGGAAACUUGGAUGCUUUUCACGAUGGCGAUAUCCCGGCUCCUGGGUCGAAAGAGCGUCAUGUUGAUGGUCCGGCGUAUAGGCUAGGUGCCAUUCGCGAGUGCUUCGAAGAGACGGGCAUCUUGCUAGCCACAAAGGACGGGCGCUUAGUUGAUUUGCCUCAGCAGGAGAGAGACGAGGCGAGGAAGAGGAUUCAUGGGAGUCAAAUCAAGUUUGCGGAUUGGCUCAAGUUGAUUGGCGCAGAGGCUGACCUGGAUGGACUCAUUCCUUUCACGAGAUGGGUUACUCCAGUCGGCGUCCCGAAGCGCUUCACCACUCAGAUGUACCUGUAUCUGAUCCCCAUCUCCCGCACCGGCGUGCCCUCCGAGAUGCUGGUUCCGACACCCGAUGGCGGCGUCGAGCACACCGAGGCUCUCUUUGCUCCUCCGCAGACGUUUCUCUCGCGCGUGGCUGCGAAUGAAAUCAUUCUCUUUCCACCGCAGUACUACAUCCUCUCCCUUCUCACAAAGUUCCUCAAGGGGCCUACGGCUUCGGUGGAGGAGGGGCCUGUUUACUAUACGAAGCAGCGCAGGGAGCUGCUCAAGUUUGUCAAGGCGGUUCCGACGGCGGAUACGGAGAAGGGUCGUGAGCAUCCUACGGCGAGCAUUCCGUGGGCGGACAAGGUGAUGAGUCCGCACAACUUGUUCAUCAGGAAGAGCGAUAAGAGGGUCGUGUUGGGUCUGGACAAGCCGGGGCCGGAGCUCAAGGACUCAGGGAGAGGAGGCGAUUGGGAGAGGGUAGUGUUGGUGAGUUUCGGUAAGGCUGGGCCUUCUCGCGUGGAGGUCCGGUUGCGAGAGGAUGUGUUGAGGGAGGAGAGGGAGGCUGCCGCUGAAGGGUCGAAGCUGUGA